AGUAUCACUAGAACACAAGGAGUUAUUCUCUGAGUGGAGCCUGCAGAUUCUUACAGAACUUCAUCUCCAUCAUUGGAGGAGCUUCUCUUCCCUUCUGAGGUGUGAAGUCUGCUGUCACCAUGUCUGACGCUGAGGAAGUGGAGCAGUUCGACGAUGAGGAGGAAGCCCAGGAGGAGCUAGUAGAAGUAGAAGUAGCCCCUGAGAAGGAGGCCCAGGUAGAGGCAGAGCCAGAGGUAGAGCCUGAACCAGAACCAGAACCAGAGAAAGAACCAGAGCCAGAACCAGAACCAGAGCCAGAGCCAGAGGUGGUGCAGCAUGUGGUUCAUGAGGAGGAAGAGGCCUAUGAAGAGGAAGAGGAGAAGCCGAAGUUCAAACCCACUGCUCCAAAGAUCCCUGAGGGAGAAAAGGUGGACUUUGAUGACAUCCAGAAAAAACGUCAAAACAAAGACCUGGUUGAGCUGCAGUCACUGAUCGAUGCUCACUUUGAGUGCAGGAAGAGAGAGGAGGAGGAACUCAUCGCUCUCAAAUCAAGAAUUGAGAAGCGCCGUGCUGAGAGAGCCGAGCAGCAGAGGAUCCGUGCCGAGCAGGAGAAGGAGCGGCAGGCCCGGCGGGAGGCUGAGCGGAUGAGAAAGGAGGAGGCCGACCUCCACAGAAAGGCUGAGGAUGACGCCAAGAAGAAGUCAGCACUGUCCAGCGCUGGCUCGGGCAUGACCAGCCACCUACAGAGGAUUGAAGCAAAGAGAGGCAAGAAGCAGACUGAAAGAGAGAAGAAGAAGAAGGUUCUUGCAGAAAGAUGCAAACCUCUGAACGUGGAUGAGCUCAGUGAGGACAUGCUGAGGGAAAAGGCAAAGGAGAUGUGGGAGUGGCUGCACACCCUGGAGGAAAUUAAAUACGAUGAAUGCGAGAAGCUCAAGAGACAGACAUACGAGGUCAUCUCCCUCAGAAACCGCAUUGAUGAGCUGCAGAAACACAGCAAGAAGGGAGCCGCUACACGCCGCCGCAGAAAGUGAGCAGCUCCUCGGUGCCGGUCUGUCCAGACAGAAGGCACGUUCUGUCAGCUACAGCAGUCGCACGGAGAUGCCUGCAGCUCCAGAACAACGACAGCUGGACGUCUUACAGCCUCUGUUUGCUUGAUUGAAAAUGUUUUCUGAAUGACUUUAGCUCAAAUAAAGACGUUUAAAAAUGUCAUUA